UGGAAGGAGAGCGGGGGAGGGGAUGGAGCCGAGCCCAGGCCCAGCGGAAGAGCCAGCCAGAGACAGCGCCCUCUCCCUCCCUCUCUCGGGGCGACUUCUAGCUUCUGGGAGGGGGAAAUUCAUGGCGCUCAAGGCCCAGGCCAGGUUGCGGCUCCUUCCUCCCCAGCCAGUGUCCACCUCUGAAAUCAGCAAUUCUCCGGAGGACGAUGCCACACAGAUCCCUAUGUCGCAGAUGAGUGGCUCCACACCCAUGCCCGUGAUGGAACUGACUUCACCAGAGCGGAGAAUGACUGCUGACAGGCGGCGUGUGCGACGUGUUGGAGUGCUCGCUGACUUUUCAAAGGCCAUGGUGGAGCAGGGAGAGGCCGAGGCGAUGGAGAGGAGGCGCUUCGAGGAUAGGCGGGAAAGGGAGGUGGCGUCAUUCAUGCAGAGCCGCGCAGAGCAAAACAGCGAGCUGUCAUCGCUGAGGCUGGCCAUCGACAGGGGGAAUGACAUAAUGCAGACCCUUGUGACGGCUUUGCUGCAGCGCAUGGGCUCCUCGGGUGGCAGGGGUGCUGGGGGUUCAUUGGGCGCCUCUGCUCCUGAGGUCGCAUCACACACAUUGCCUGCCCCAGUGUUUCAGCAGUGCCUGCCCACUUGUGCAAUUGCUGGCCCAGCUGCAAAUCUCUGUGGAGAUGCGGCAGAGGUGAUUUACCCCACUCUGGCUGAGGACACCGAGUUGGAGUCCUGUGUGGGCGCCACGGCGCCCCUCCCAUCACAGGUGGAGGACCUCAUGAUGGUUGGGGAGACCUCUGAGCUGUGCGGCACUCAGGUGGCUUGCCAAGAGUCACAGCCAAUGCAGAAGCGCUUGAGGAAGCCCAAAGCCAGAAUGGACCUAUGAGGACCCAUCCCCCCCCUGUUAUUUCUCUGUCUGCCUCCACCACGGCAACCCCCCCCUGCUUUUACAUAGGUUAGCGAUGUGCGUUUACGCAUCAGAGUUAAAUUUGUUUUAUAUUUUAUAAAACGUUAAACAUGCCAGUCCUCUCUGGUCGGUUGCCAGGAGAGGAUGGUCAUGGCAAGGCAACAAUCCUCUGCUUUGCAGAGAUGUAACCAGCAAGUGAUAAUAAACCAUGUGCCCGAGCAUUUGUGAAAAUU